AUGUCAGGCACAGAGAUUGUGGUUCGGGAGUCGCGGAGGAGGUACCACUGGCCAGAGCUACAGCUAAACAUAUGGAUAUUCGUGGUGUUGGCAGGCGCAUCAACGGUACUCGGAAUCAAUGCCUGGUUCAUUGUGGUCCAACAGCAGAUGCGAAUAGGAAUACCAUGGAUCUUCACGUUCGCGAUCGUCACAGCAUCCUUAACGAUCAUAUUCCUCCUGAUCAUCCUCAUCCUCGCCUCAAGACGACUGCUCAUACCGGGAGGGAUACUGAUAGGCGCAUUCAUACUAUUCGUGCUGUGGCUGACAACACUCAUUGAGACCGCCAUUCAGCUCUUCGGACCUUCAGGCAAUGUCAACUCAAAUUGCAAUACCUAUGUUACGGGUCGACCAUAUGUUGGGGUGACCGUGGAGACGUUAGCAUGGCUGACUCAGAGCAACAUCUGCGCUUGCUGGAAGGCAAGCUUUGCCUGGUCGAUUGUCCUGGCUGUGCUGUUUCUGUGGAUGAUUGUGCUUGCCUGGCAGGUGCAGAGGGAAGAUUAUGACUGA